AUGUCACAAAGGGGCAGUCGGGGUGCUCGCAAGAAUGGCGCCGAUUCGGGCUCAACAACCGUCAAAAGUGGGUUUUCUAUCCUAUGCGAACACAAUGUCCUAGCUGUGACUAUGAUUAAUACCUCUGGGACUGAGUUGAAUCCAAGAAGGCAGUUCUAUGGAUGUCGUUAUUGGAAGGAUGGGAAAGGAUGUAGAUUUUUUAGGUGGGUGAACGGCAAUGAGGAAACAUUAGAGUCAAGGAACCAUGAGAUGGAGAGUAUUAUUAUGAAGUUGGAAGAGAGACUUGGGUUGGCCGAAUCCAAUGAUGAGAGGAGGAAGAAGGAUAAAAAGCUAAUGGCAUAA